GUAUUUAGGAACACAUUGUUUCACUUUUCCGAGAGAAAAGACUUUAAGGAUGAGGAUUAACCAAUGAGUUUGGCAAAUGUAUCUCGGAUAUUCUUACUGACGCCCGGAAAAGAACAGCUCAAAACCGCUAACUUACCUUAACAUCGGAGACAACUCAGUCAGUGGAUGAAGCUGUACCUGCGACUUUCAUGAAUAUGGAGGAGGAUGAGAUGGAGAUGACCAAAGAGGAGCUCCAGAAUUGGAUCAGGGAGAGGGUGAGGAAGAUGGUGCUGAUCCCCCCAGAUGUGCUAGAGAAAUGCAAUCUGCUGCUGUCUUUGCUGGAAAGGAGGGAAAAACAAGCUGCCAAGCUCUUGAAGCUUUGCAAGUCUGUGACAGCAUGUGAAGCAAUUGUGAAGAAACAAUACUCUUUGCUGGGGUGGGAGUACAGAGACACAGAUUCUGAUGAUGACGAUGAUAAUAUCAAUGGCUGUGGAAGUAUACCUUCAUCCCCAUGUGAGUCUGUUCACUCUGAGACUCAAGUGCCUAGCCCUCCAGCUACUAACGGCCCCACUCCUCUGCCCCCAAAGCGAGAGGAAAGUGCUGACCUAAAUGGAGAUAAUGGCAAAAAAAGCUCCGUUAGUCUAAAGAGAGAAUUAGUGGUGGUCUUGACCAGACUUCCUAAAAGUAAGAUUGCUGAUUUUCUACCAACACCUCAGAAUCAGUACAGUGAACAUGAAUCCUUAAGUGAUUCAGAUUCUGAUGUAGAAUGGAAACCAGAAGACGACUCAGAUGAUUUGGAUCAUUGUUUCUUGAGGGCAAAUAAGAGGAGAAAGACAGAUCAAAAUAAGGAAAAACCUGCUAAGAGCAACACAACCAAAACAUCAGCACUUCAAAACAAUGUAAAUACUGACACUAAGAGCAAUGAAACCAUAAUAUCAGCUCCUCAAGCCAGUGCAAAUACUGCUGUGAAGAGUCAGGCAACAAAAACAUCAACACCUCAAGCCAGCACAAAUACCAAUGCUAAGAGCAAUGCAUUGAAGACAUCAACACCCCAAGCCAGCACAAAUACCGAUGCUAAGAGCAAUGCAUCAAAGACAUCAACACCCCAAGCCAGCACAAAUACCGAUGCUAAGAGCAAUGCAUCGAAGACAUCAACACCCCAAGCCAGCACAACUACUGACGGCAGAAGCAACACAGGGGGAACAUCUACACCCCAAGGCAACAGAAAUACCAACGCCAAGAGCAAUACACCAACACUGAAGCCAGCAAACACCAAUGGAGCAUUGCCUGUGUGCAUAGUAUCGACUCUUUGCCAAUCAUCUGACAAAGCCACCAAGGUCCCUCCUAGCCUGCCACAAGAAAAGAUCAUUGUGGGCAUGAGGGUCCUGGCCAGGAGGAGGGCCAUGAGCUGGAAAUGGGGAAAAAUCAUGGAAAUUGUAAAAAGGGAUGAUGGUGGAUUGAAAUACAAGAUCAAUUUUGAGGAGAAAGGGAAGAGCCUUGUCUCUGGACACCACAUCGCUUUUCAGUCUGUGCCAAAGGUGGAUCAACUGUAUGUCGGUGCUCGUGUGGUGGUCAAGUGUCAAGAUAACGAGCUCCGGUUCAGGCCUGGUAUUAUGGCAGAGCUCCCCAGCAGGAAGAACCACGCAAGGUUCUUGGUCUUUAUUGACGAUCACACGCCUGUUUACGUCGGCUUACCUUUACUUCACCUGGUGUGCAGACCAUUAGAAGAUGCUGUAGACGACAUUCCAGACGGCUCUCACAAGUCUUUCAUGAGGCAAUACAUAAAGGACUGGCCGUACCCACAUUUAACCCAGUGCAGGCCUGGACAGAGCCUUAAUGCAGAAUUAAACGGAGUCCAGCAGAGGUGUGAGGUGCAGGUGGUCGACUGCAGCUUGAUACAGGUUGUUUUUCAGGGUGAUCAACAUAAGGAGUGGAUCCACCGAGGCUCCAUGCGGCUGGAACAUGUGGCGAGGUUUUUGGAAAUUAAGCGUAAGGAAGAGGAUAAAAAUGACUGAAUAAAAGCCCACAGACACAGGUGAACUAUAAUGUGGGUCUAGAAAAAAACUAUCACAACAACGUGGUGUGCCAAUGGAUUGUUUUUUGGAAAACAUAAACUGGAACCAUCUCAGCCCAAAAUAGAAUUUGCUGUUAUGAAAUGAUUUCAUAUGAGUGAAUCAGAUCUAACGUUUGUUCUUUUUUUUUUUUUUAGUACAAAUGUGCAGAUAGUUAUUGGGUGGAUCAUUACAAUUUUGAAUAAAAUUGUGCAUCAUUACAUAUACAAACCAUAGUGAGCGAUGAAGAAUGGUAAUUUUCAACAGAAAUGUUAAUUUAUCUUAUAACAGACUUUUUCAGCAUAUUCAAGUGGCUGUAUAUUCACACAAGAAACUGCCAACAAGAAUAUCUGUGUCCUCUUCUUGUUUUUUUUAACAGUUUGGCGGACCAAGCCCAUGUAGCAUAUAAUCCAUAUAUUCCAAAUAUUUUAUGAAUUAAAACAUUGAUUUUAACGCGCACAGAGAGGAUCAACGGUAACAUUUGAGUCUUAACAAGUGGCCUGACAAUCCGACUAUUUUUUUUCCUGUUUUUAAUUGGUGCACUUAUAUAUCACAUAUGCAACUGCAGCUGAAAAAGUUAAAGUAGGUACUACAUCAUCAGCAUGUGUUGAAAUUUGCCACUGUGGAUGUUGUGCUGCUGUGUUGCAAGUUUCAGGAAGUAAGAAAGGCAGAUUAAGAGCACUGUAAAUAUUUAUUACCAUUUAUUCAGAGAUGUCGUUUGUAGUUUCUCAUCUGGAUCAGCAUUUUCUCAAUAUCCAAUAUCCAAUCUGAUUUCCAAUCAUUUCUUUGCUUUAUAUAGUCCUGUUAGUCUUUUGUUUAAAUUGGUAAAUGAUAAAAGUGACAAUGUUUGACAUUUUAUUGUUCAUUUCAUUUUAUUGUUGUAUUAUUGUAUAUUGGCUUGAUAUUUGCACGUUUCAUCAGCCUUAUUUCCGGAGUUGUUGCAUUAAAAAAACAUUUAUUACAAUUAUUUCUCAACGCUGUU